GUACAGUUUCAUUAUUAUAUACAACAAAUGCACAAAUGCAUUAGUUUAUAAAAAUUAAAUAGCAUUAGUUAGCAAAAUGACAUCAAUUAUUAAGCUGCACACCAUAUCGGGUGCCAUGGAUGAAUCGCCGCCGUGCUAUAUUCUACAAAUAGACGAUGUGCGAAUAUUGCUCGACUGCGGUUGGGACGAAAAAUUUGAUCCGAAUUUUAUAAAGGAAUUAAAAAGGCAAGUGCAUACACUGGACGCCGUACUGCUCUCCCAUCCAGAUGUGUAUCACCUGGGCGCACUGCCAUAUCUUGUUGGCAAGUUGGGCCUCAACUGUCCCAUUUACGCGACGAUUCCUGUCUUUAAAAUGGGGCAAAUGUUCAUGUAUGACUUGUAUAUGUCUCAUUUCAAUAUGUACGACUUCGAUCUGUUUUCAUUGGACGAUGUGGACACAGCCUUCGAAAAGAUCACACAAUUGAAGUACAACCAAACGGUCUCAUUGAAAGGCAAGGGCUAUGGCAUUUCCAUAACACCGCUCAGCGCAGGGCACAUGAUUGGAGGAACCGUUUGGAAGAUAGUGAAAGUUGGCGAGGAGGAUAUCAUCUAUGCCGUUGAUUUCAAUCACAAGAAAGAGCGGCAUCUCUCUGGGUGUGAGCUGGACAGACUGCAAAGGCCAUCGCUGCUCAUCACCGACGCAUACAACGCACAAUAUCAACAGGCGAGACGCCGAGCACGCGAUGAGAAAUUGAUGACCAACAUUUUGCAGACAGUGCGCAAUAAUGGAAAUGUACUCAUUGCUGUGGACACUGCGGGUCGUGUGCUGGAACUCGCACACAUGCUGGACCAACUGUGGAAGAAUAAGGAGUCCGGAUUAAUGGCAUACUCCUUGGCACUGCUUAACAAUGUGAGCUACAACGUCAUUGAGUUUGCCAAGUCACAAAUUGAAUGGAUGAGCGAUAAGCUGACGAAAGCCUUUGAAGGCGCGCGCAACAAUCCGUUCCAGUUCAAACACAUCAAUCUGUGUCACACGCUAGCCGACAUCUACAAGUUGCCUGCGGGUCCCAAAGUGGUGCUGGCCAGCACACCUGAUAUGGAGAGUGGCUUCACCCGCGACCUAUUCGUGCAAUGGGCCGGCAACCCAAAUAAUAGCAUUAUUUUCACAACACGAACCGGUCCCGGAUCACUCAGCAUGGAUCUGGUGGAAAAUUAUUCGCCUGGCCGACAGAUUGAACUGGACUUGCGGCGCCGCGUUGAGCUUGAAGGCGCUGAACUAGAGGAAUAUCUGCGAACGCAAGGCGAAAAGCUCAAUCCGCUUAUUGUAAAGCCGGAAGUGGAGGAGGAGAGCAGCUCCGAGUCUGAAGAUGACAUUGAAAUGAGCGUGAUUACAGGCAAACAUGAUAUUGUAGUGCGGUCCGAAGGGCGUCAUCAUUCCGGUUUCUUCAAGUCCAAUAAACGUCAUCACGUGAUGUUCCCCUACCACGAAGAGAAGAUCAAGUACGAUGAUUAUGGAGAAGUCAUCAAUUUGGAUGACUAUCGCAUCGUAGACACUGGCUAUGACUAUGCGCCCACAGACGAUCAAAACAAGGAGAAUAUCAAAAAGGAGGAACCACAUGUCGAGCCGCAGUCCAAUGGCAAUCUAAACAACGAUGUUCAAUUGCUGGAGAAGCCCACCAAGUUGAUCAGUCAACGCAAAACCAUCGAGGUCAAUGCUCAAAUACAACGUAUUGAUUUCGAGGGACGAUCAGAUGGCGAAUCUAUGCUCAAGAUUCUCUCACAGCUGCGCCCGCGACGCGUUAUUGUAGUGCAUGGCACAGCGGAGGGCACACAAAUAGUGGCGAACCACUGCGAGCAAAAUGUCGGUGCCCGCGUGUUUACUCCCCAGAAGGGAGAAAUAAUCGAUGUAACAACGGAGAUUCACAUCUAUCAGGUGCGCCUAACAGAAGGCCUCGUCUCCCAGCUACAGUUCCAGAAGGGCAAAGAUGCCGAGGUGGCUUGGAUUGAUGGGCGAUUAGGUAUGCGUCUCCAGGCUAUCGAUGCACCAACUCAAUCGGAAGUCACCGUGGAGCAAGAUGUGGCGGCGCUAGAGGGCAAAACUCUAACGCUAGAGAUGCUCGAAGAAGACGAAAUUCCCGUUCACAAUUCGGUGUUGAUCAACGAACUGAAACUGUCGGAUUUCAAGCAAGUACUAAUGCGCAACAACAUCAACUCAGAAUUUUCCGGUGGCGUCCUCUGGUGCUGCAAUGGCACACUGGCGCUGCGACGUGUCGAUGUUGGCAAAGUGGCCAUGGAGGGCUGCCUCUCCGAGGAUUACUACAAGAUACGUGAACUGCUUUAUGAGCAGUACGCCAUUGUGUAAAGAAUAAACAAUGAUAAUUU